GAGAUUGAGACAAACUCCCAACAUUUGCAUACACUAGUAUUUCCCCACUGCAUAGCGGAAAUAUAUAACCCUGCAUCGUCCACCCUCCGCUGGUUAAUUCACUGUCAAGCUCCGCACCAAGGAGCAACUUUCACUAGUUUGGGGCUUGGGUUGGACCACGACUUUUCUCUGCAGUUUUCUCCAUCUUCCUACUUCGUUCAACCGGCUGCUGCAUCUCUCCACGGCAACGGGAGGUCCAGCCAAGCUGAACUCCGCUGAGCCAUGCGACAGUGGUGUGUCCCCGCUGCGACCCCUCGCACUGAACCACUCCCGGGGCGCCUGUCUGUAUCACCCCCUCCAUCAGAUGCCAGAAUGGACUGUUGUGAAGUGGAGCCACGCUACACAAUAGAACAAAUAGACCUUCUGCAGCGCCUGCGUUUGUCCGGCAUGACCAAACCUCAGAUCAUCCACGCCUUGGAGUCCCUGGAGAGGCUCGACCCGGACCACCGGCCGUUGCCGCACUGUGAUUCUCACCCUGCCCCAUCCAACAACACCCCAACCACAGCAGCUCCAGCGCCGUCCUCAUCUUCAUCCUCCUCCUCAUCACUCUCCCUGGCCUCGGCUACCACGCAGACCUCUGGCCUGGAAGGCGCUGCCCUGUCCCCCAGCAAUAGUUACGAAGCCUCACCUCCGCCCCUCUACGCCCCCGCUGUGGUGGUUCAGCGGUCGUUCAGCUAUGACAUGAUGGGAGAAGAGGAGUGGGACCUGGAGGAGAAGGUUGAGGAGUACAUGAGGAGAGACAGCAAUCUGGUGAAAGAAGAGAUCAAAACUUUCCUCAACAACCGCAGGAUCUCUCAGGCAAUUGUAGGCCAGGUUACAGGCAUCAGCCAGAGCUACAUCUCCCAGUGGCUGCUGCAGCAAGGCCUGGAGAUGAGCGACUCCAAGCGCAGAGCUUUCUACCGCUGGUACCUGCUGGAGAAAAAUAACCCAGGGCUGAGGUGGAGUGAAAGCCAGCACAGCGGGGGUUCCAUGCCCAGAGCCAGGGGAGGGGACAGAGACGGGACGGUAGCAGGGGCAAGUGGCAAUCUUCCCAACAUCCUCCCUAACCCCAACACCAACCUCAACCCCAACCCAGUGUGGAGUAGGCAGAGAGAGUUGCUGAUGCACUUGCUGCCCUGGUACGCUGCCGCAGCCGCCCAGGCCCAGCCAGGGGCCACCCUGUCAAUGCGUUCAUUGGUGAAGGAGGAACCCGACUGGAGGACAGGGAUCAUGGCUGGGGACAGGGCAGGGAUGGUUGGUGGCCCUCUGAGGCUGCGUAGAGGAAGUAGGUUCACCUGGAGGAAGGAGUGCCAAUCAAUCAUGGAGAGUUUCUUCAUUGAGAACCAGUACCCGGAUGAAGCGAAGCGGGAGGAGAUUGCCAACACCUGUAACUCAGUCAUUCAGAAACCAGGUUGUAAGCUGUCUGAGUUUGAGCGUGUGACGGCAUUGAAGGUUUACAACUGGUUUGCCAACCGCCGUAAGGAGAUGAAGAGAAGAGCGAAUAUCGCUGCCAUCUUGGAAAGCCAUGGAAUUGAGGUGCCAAGUCCAAGCUGCCACUCUAAUGGUGAGGAGGGAGAGAUGCAAGAGUUUGCUGACCAGGUGAAUCAUCAGUUUGCAGAGCAGGAUGAAAACUCUUCACUAAAGAUUGUUGACCAACAAGACCCCUCCGCACUGGCUAUUACAGAGGUUGCAGCUCUGCCGAGCCCCACCCCUCAGGUCCUGGAUCACAAAGAGGAGGAUUCGAAAAGGGAGACUGUGGAUGAAGAGUGACAACAGCCGGUGGAGUUUGAAUCAUCAUCUUAACUGAAUUUAAUCCGAUGAAAUAGGAAAACAAUAAGGGUCUCCUCCUCAACCCAAGUAGGGCCUGUGGUGCCUAAAGCACUCAAAAAUCAAAGGGAGAAGGGUGCUGUAGCUUGCUGGAGUGCCUCUGAUUGGAGGAGGCAACUGUAUUUAUCAACAGUAAUCCUGCUUAUAUUAACAGCUAUAUACAGUAUAUAUAUAUAUAUAUCCAUAUAUAGUGCAUUCCAAGAUGCUAUUAAAAGCCUACAUUUCUUAGGGGGAGUAAUAUAUAAAGGAUACCUCACCCGUUUUAAGCUAAGCCUUUUCCUUUUUCUGUUGUUGUUUUUUUGCUACAUGCCUUCUUUUAGCCUUUUCACAGAGAACUUUUCGGAUGAACUGUGGUGACAUGAAUGCGCUGAGCCUGCAGGUCAGGUGUGUGGAUGGAUUAUGGUAUCAAGGAUCAGUGAUAUGGUGAAACGAAUUGCCCUCUGUGUGCUUGAAUGCUUUGACUCCAUCUCGUGGUAAGACUGUUUAACCUCAAUCAGUUAAUUGAUCCAAUCAGUGGAUCAAUCCAUAAAGAGCUGUGCCAUCACAUCGGUAGAGCCCUGAGCGACGACUGGAAUCUCAGGUAAUCAAAAAAAAAAAAAGUGGAUAAAGAUAUCGAAGAGUUAUCUUAACAUGCUUUGUUUUUGUUUGUUUUUCUUCUGUCUCUGGUUUUUUUUUUUUUUUUUUUUCAUUUUGAUUUUUAUCCUCUAAACUGUGUUAAACCAAAUCAGGAUUUGUUAUUUAUACCUUUUUAUAUUAGCAAAACAAGCCUAGGACAAUAUAUCAUAGUAUCUCUGUGUCUUUGAUCUUUGUUAUACUGAUUGUUGCUGUUGGGUCAUUUUUGUAGUCCAUCCAUUUCAAAGUCUGUCUUAAUCCUCAUCUCAGCCAGUGAAGCUAGACUAGUUACAUAAUGUUUUUUUUUUGUUUGUUUUUUAAACGUUUGAAAGAACGCUAAAACCAAUGUGAUCAAAAAUGCGUUGGCAGACAUGCUGCAAGCACCUUCUCGUAGUGGAAUAAGCUAAAGCUUAUGCUCAUGUAAGUUUGUAUGACUGCAAUGCUGCACUUCAAAGUGGAUCUCACUUUAAUAAAAAUGGGAGUUUAAGACUGUACUUGCAUUAGACAUGUACAUCACCCAGUGAAUAUACACGUCUAUGGGUGCUUUCCUUCAAUAAUAUUAGCACUAUAUAGGGUUAUUUGUCAAACUUCAAAUAUAGAUAGCUGAUUGAAACCCUGCAUUACUUAGUCCCCAUGUAUUAACCGGCCAAAGGCCAUUGGAGAUGCUCCCUAAAUGUUCAUGAAAUGGACAAAGACGUUCUCAAAUGUUUGUUCUCAAAUGGCGUCCAACAGGAUGCUACCAUGUUACCUCCUAAUGCCAAAGCUAUGCCAAGGUAGAGAUGAACUACAGAGUGAACUGUGCGUUCAAGAACAGGACAGGACACAGUCACAACACUAUAGAUAUCCAGAUAUACAUAGAUGUUUAUUUGCUCAGUACAACACUAGCCAACUCUAGCUUACCUCAGAAUAACUCUUGUGUCAUGAAUGUGUUACAGGCUAUCUGUCACUUAACUGACAGCGGCCAUUAUUGUGACUGUUUAUUAUAUUGACAAUGUUAUGUAGCAUUAAUGACGAUGGGGUUUGCCCUGCAUUGUUAAUGUGUACUCACCUCAGACAGUUCUCUUGUCCAGUUUUGGAUGGGAACCCCAAAACUGCACGCUGUUUCUGACUAUUAUGCUCCUCUCUAUCUGCUUUUAUCUGACAACAAAAACAAGAACUAUAAUAAAACUGUAAACAACU